AUGCAGGCGUCCAAGAGGCUGGAGGCGCGCCACAGGAGGGACCUGCGCGAGAUGGAGGCGCGCAGGGCUGCGCUGGAUGAGUCAAUUGAGGCGAUUGAGGAGAGCCUCGAAGUGCAACAAGAGCAGAGGCGACGGGUGCUGCAGGAGAUGGAAGUCGCCCAUCUGAACAACGACUUCGACGAGGUGGAGGUGUCUGCAUUGGCCGUGGACGCGCUCGACGACUGGAUGUGUAACCAGACGCGGAGGCAGAUGAUGGUGGAGUUACACCGCGACUCCGUCGAUGCGCUGAUUCGCUACAAACAGUGGGUCUCCGAGGAUGGCUUGCAGUUCGAGGGGGCCGAGAGCGCCCACGGCUACGAGUGCAUUGAGUUCGAG